AUGAUUAAUGAUAGAGAUUUACAAGCUUAUAUUUUAGGAUUAAAGGGAGAUUUAGAUGAAAUUUCACUAUAUUUUUAUAUGAAGUUGUUAGCUAAGUCAUUGAAAGUAGAAGAUAUAUUUACAAAUUAUGUAAAGAAGGAUAUAGAAAUUGAUUAUAGUAAAGAUAGUUCAAUACCAUCAAUUGAUGAAUGUCUUUAUUAUAUAUUUGAUGAUAAGAAAAAGCCAACUAAUAAACAGUUUGCAAGGAAACCACCAGUAAAUAAUUUAUUGAAUUAUUUAAAUAAAACUAAAGAAAUAGAUAAAAAUGAAGGUUUAAUUAAAAUAAAUGAUAAUAAUGAUAAUAUAACAUUGGUUGGUAUAAGUUCUAUUAAUAAUGAUGAUAAUUCUAUUGAACAAUCUAAUAAUAAUAAAGAUAUUUAUAAAAGAAAUAAUAAUGAUUCUAAAGAUAAAGAUAAUAUAAAAAAGAUUAAAAUUGAUGAAAAGGUUUCAAGAAGUAAUUGUUUAUCUGAAAUUACCCCUCAAAUGGAAGAAAAUUUAGCAAAAACUAAAAUAAUUGAAUCAACUAACAAGAAUGAUUCAGAAUCUAUUAAAGAAGAAAAGAGUAUAUUAAUUAAAAAUGAAGAGAUUAAUAAUAACAAAGAAUUUGAUAAGGUUAGUAAGCAAUUGAAUAAUGAUAGUAUUUUAAGUAACUAUAAAGAUGAUUUAAAUUUUAAGAAGGAAUCUAAUAAAGAGAUAAAAUCAGUAAGACAAUCUAAUUUGUUUGAGAGCAGUUUAAGAAGUAACACAGACACAGAUAAUGUUACAAAAGAGAAACAACCUUCUUUAGAAGAAACAAUUCCAAUGGUAGUUUUAAGUAAAAAGAAUCCAUUUGAUAAUGAUUCAUCUAAUAAUCUUAAUAAGAAUGAUUCAUCUAAGAUUUUAUUACCAUCAGAAAUAUUCAAGAAUUCAAUUAAGAAUGAAAGUAGUUCAUCUGAAGGAGAGUUUGUGUUUGAUCUUGGAUCUACGAUAGAAUCAAAUCAUGAUGAUGGUCCAUCAGAUUUUAAUUUUAUAAUUUGA